GAGCUACUCAGCCUGCAGGUUAUGUACUCAAAUAUUUGUCCAAACAGGAGAACAUUCUUGUCUGGUGGAAGUUAACAUGGAGAAACAUUGCUCAGCGGCGUGUGCACUGAUUUUAACACUGAGUGCAUUUGUGCACAUUGUUAUUGCUGCAGAAGUUGAUGGCAAUCGAACAGGUAUGUUUUUUUUUUGGAUCAGUUGGUUAUAUUUGUUAAACCUGCAGUCUGUCAGUUGACUCCUGACUUAUGACAGAAAUGCAAGUUUGACAACCACACCUUUAUUAAUGUUCCCACUGCUGAUGUGCUCCUUUUCUGCUCCCCUGCAUUUCUCACCCUCUCUUUCAGUGAUUUUGCCAAAACCAGGCCACUGUCCUCGUCUCCUCAAUGUUGUCCCAUCGCACAAGGGCUGUGAAUGUGAUGAAGACUGUCCUGCAGACCACAAAUGCUGUGUCUUUGACUGUGGAGCUGUCUGUGUUCCUCCUGCUUUCAGUACGAAUCACAAAGUUGAACUUUUUCUCUAUUGUUGAGCUCAUAAUUCAGAAGCUAAAUCCUCUCACUGAGUAAACUGACUCUUCUCUCUUCCAUUUAAAAGCUUUGCUAUCUAGACAAAUGUCUGUUUUAUCCCAUUUCUUAUUUAUCAACUUUUUUCCCCUCAGCAAAGCCUGGAGCCUGUCCUCGCAGGAACUGGGGUUCUGGGAUGUGUGCCGAGUUCUGCUCUAAUGACAGCGACUGUCCUAAUGACGAGAAGUGCUGCAACAAUGGUUGUGGACAUCAGUGUAUCGCACCAUACACAGGUAAGGCCAUUACCAAAUACCAUGAAAACUCAUGUGUCAUCAGAUGCACGUGUGAAGCUUUUAAACACAAAUUUUGUUUUUGGUGUUUCAGUGAAGCGGGGUCGCUGUGCUCCACCCCAGGGGACCCCCAUGUGUGCAGAGUACUGCUAUCAUGAUGGUCAGUGUCCAGGAGAGCAGAAGUGCUGCAGGACAACCUGUGGCCAUGCCUGCAGUGAGCCCUGCUGAUGGCCAGACAGCGAUAAAGUCUGGAUUCAUGUCAUGGAACUACAUCAAAAGUGUAUUAAACAAAGAAAAUGUUUUCACAUGGAAUCAUGCUUUGGUACAUUUCAGCAUUAGUUUGCACAAAACUUUAUGAUUUUGCAGAAAAAAGUCAGUUGUAAUUCUUGUUGUUGUAAAGGAGGCAUACUAUAUAUUGCACUUUAAGCACAAAACUCAGUGUAUUCUUGUUGUUGUCUUUGAGGACUCUAAUCUACAUUUUGAAAAGUAAGAACUGUAGAAUAGUUUUCAUUCUGAGUCUUCAGAAGACCUGACAGAGAUGUGUUUGUAUUUGAAGGGGCUGUGAACCUUCAAGUAAUCUUUACUUAGUGUCAAUAAUCUCUGUAAAUCUGUGUGUGGAGGAGAAUUCAAGCUGUUUAGGUGUCGUAGUAUACAUAGCUUUAACAGGAAUUGUUCUUGUUUAUGUGUAGCUUGUAAAGUUUAGAGUUAAGGAGCUAUUUCUUUGUAUUUCAACCAAUAAAAAUAUUUCCAGAACCUUCACAUGUGGUGUGUAUUUAGCACCUAGAUGGUUUUAAAGCUAAAGUUUUUGAGAUCUCUUCUGUGCUUUUCUGAGGCGUAAGCUGGACUGAAUAAAAAAAUAAACAACUGAAAUAUGUCAAUAAUGGAAA